AGGAUGUUGACAGUUUCUGUGUAUUGGCUACUUACAAAAAAAAAUCUUAGUGAAGUAUAUCUUCGAUUUUGAUGAGACAUCGUGUGGUGAAACCGUCCCAGUUCGAAAACCACGCACCACUAGUACCGACGCUGGCCACAAUCACACUCGUUCACGUUCUGUAUCACUAUUGGUUUAGUUGUAUCGAAAAUUUCCUACGACGAUCAAAAUGCCGUCAUUAUCUUCCACUGCACCUGCCGUUCAUGCGGCUGGAAACGUCGCAUCGAACGGACCAGUCGAGCUGCAAUUUGAAUGCGGCAAGAAAAUAAAGCUCAGUCAAAAAACGCUAUGCCAGAACCUUCCGGCAUUUAAACGAUUCUUGAGCACGACAAUGAAGAGUUGUCAGAAUCGCCGCGUGGUCGACAUGUCUAAGUUGGGCGUGUCUUACGACGAGUUCGUGCUCGUUUUGCACCGCGUUUUCCCGAUGCCGAUUCUGACUCCAGAAGAGGAGUGGAAUUUGCGAAAAAAAUGCGGACUGCUCGCGCUGGACGAUGCAAUCCUUGGACAGGAGUCGUCGGAACAAGUGAAAGAUCAAAUUGAGGGAGAUUGGCUUGUAGCACCACAGGGAAAUGAGCGCAGGAACGACGCUGAUCUCGCUUCCGAUGCGUCUGCAGGGGUUGGACGAGGGUCGGCGUCGGGCCACGCGCUGAGCAGAAAGCGGUCAUCAGCAUUGGAUGCAACUAACGAUGCGGACGGCCCGGUGCAAGCUCCACCAGCUGCGGCAGCAGCCGGCGCCGAUGGGCUGCACGACGCCAUGACCAUUGAUGAUCAGGCUUCCGACGCUGCGAUCGGCGGUCUUUUAGAUGGCGCGUCGACCGCCAAAAGCGCAGGAACUAAACGUCCUCGCACGGAUACCGGAACCGGGCACGAACUGGUCGCCGAAGCCGGGGAGGGAGAUGGCAUGGCGAUGGCGGAAGGUGAUAAUGUGCCUAACAACGCGAGUUCAAUGUUGCUGGACGCAGUCGGUACCCACCACGUUGCCACGGUAGCUCGACCAUUGCGCAGCUAUUUUGCACCGCCAAUGCGAAAUAUCUACGACGUUCUCGACUUCUUCUGGGUUCCUCGCGUCGAUCCCAAGUUCAUUGAGCUCUAUUUCCGACAGAAUUUGAAGUCGGUUUUAACACCUUUCCCGGAAAAACCGGCGAUGGAGCUGAUUUCUCUGAUGAAUUCAUCUGAGACGUGUACUCGUGACGAGCCAUCCAUCAUCGAUCUACACGACAAUGCGGGAGUUUCGCGCGUCCGUAAUCCAGUGGAUUUGAUGUGGCCUGACGAUGUCUUGACUCUUCAUCCGUACCAGCUGGAACUCAAGCAAAAAGAACCGGUCAGGAGCCUUGACAACGCACGAUAUACAAUUGGCCUUCUUGAUUCGACAGGAAAGCGACACAAAAAUGGAUUUAGAGAUAACUGGGCCAUAGGUACGCUCAUCGACAAACUCGUAGAGAAGCGCCCAUUUGCAUCUCGUGACCCUGGUAUGCGAUUCGUGCUUGCCGGCGGUAGCGUUCACAACGCGCUAACAGCAUCUCAGAGGCCGCACCUAAGGCCAGGGGAAACAGCCAAAGCCAGCGCAGAAGCCACAUUCAGGGACUACGACCUUUUCCUUAUCUUGCCACAUAUUCUCUCUCUACCGCCUGAAAAACAAGAACUCGAAGUUCAUGAAUGCUGUCAGUUAGCCAUCGAGCGCGUAUAUUCCGAGAUACAGGACCGCACAGAUCCAGACAUUCCGCUUGGGGAUCGACUCUACCUUCAGUGCAUUCAGCGCUCAGAAUUCGCCAUCACAUUCUACGUGAGCCGGCAAUGUUCUGAAAAAUGUGUGGAGGACAUGAUACCCAUUCAAAUAGUUGGAUGGUAUUCCUCUGUCAGCCAGCUUCUUCAGUCUUGCGACAUCUCAUGCUGCCAAGUCGCAUUGGAUCGCGGCCGCUUCUAUGGGACAAAGCGCGCUGCUACGGCUCUUGCCACAGGAAUGAACGUAGUCAACAUCAACGACCUGAGUCCGCAAUACGUCUACCGGUUAGGGAAGUAUUUCGGUCGCGGAAUGGGAAUCGCAGUGCCUUUGGAUCGAAAGUAUGGCCACCAGAAAAAGCCGGAAGAUAGGAACCCUAAUGACAACAACGGCGCUAAGUUUUGUUCGAGUGACAAGUUUACAGAGAUGAAGAAGCCACAGUACGCUAUGUCGUCACUACUCGCUUUUUUUGACAAAUACCUGAUUGAAAAAACGCGUGCUGCCUACCAAAUUUACGACAACUACGAGCGGCAGGUUGCCGCUGCAGGCGCCUCCGAAGCGACGAAGCAAGCCGCAAAUCAGGAGUUGCGGCAGGUACGUCAAGCUGCACAUGCAGCGUACAUGGAAAAAACAACGAUUCUUGAACGUGUGAUCCUGAUGGCCUUGAAGCGCCAGCAGAACGACUGCUUGAGUGUAUGCCCGCGUGGUGAGAAAGUUUACGACCAGCCAGCGUGCGAUGCAGCGCACUCGCGCAGACACUAUCCUGUGCACAGACUGCAAUCGAGCGAAACUUUUCCGAGCCCACCGGAUGACCAGACGCGACUGCCGCUCUCAGGAGAAAUAAGCACCAACAUCAACAUGAGUUUGCCUAUCGUGAAUCGAUAUAUGGAAGCUAACGACAUAGGAUGCUGCCAUGCCGCUAGUGCAAGACAGUCAGGUCGCUGGUACUUACCUGUUAACUACAGGGUUUGAGCUGUAGUGCUUCUGCAUUUUCGUUGGACUUGGACUCCAUUAUUGGUACCUUGAACAGAAAAUAGAUCCGACUUCACCAGUUAAUAAUUGUUGGAUUCAUUUGGUCUGUUCAUAAAGCUGAUAGAUGAAAAUUUUUUACCUUUCGAUGAAUUGAUAGAUAUUGUUGAUAACCCUAUGUCUAUGUCAUGCUGCAAUGUGACCACUAUCAUAGGAGAGAAAAUCAAGGAGGGUGGGAGUCGCGCGGGUUUUUUUCUGCUCGUCCCAAUCCCCUUUUGGAGCGUAUGGAAACUCGACGAGCAGCUUUAUCUUUUGAGGAGGGCACGAGUUGCGGCGCAACUUUGAGUGGCAAAUCAGCAGACGUUGCAUUUGCGACCUAUUGUCGCGUCCUCAAGAGCCAAAACAGGGAACGGGUUACCAUCGUUGGCUUGCGGCUCACAUUAUGGAGGAUAGUUUUUGUUGUAUGUAACUAAUUACUUUACUUAUUCUUAAUUUGUUUGGCGAGCUGCAAAUUCAACUUCAACAUGUGGGUUCGCGUGACGAAGACGAUGAGUUUACAAUGAUGAAAGAAGCAAGUCGACGGUUCAUCACCUUGGCUUGGAUAACAACUCCCCUCCUUCAUGUAAGCACAUCCUUCGUCCCGAGAGUGGCAAUGUUCGUGAUGUUGUCGAAGGAGAAGAUGACUCGAUUGUGCGAAUUCCUUUACCACGUAAUUGGACAGAUACAAUAGCUCAUUUUCAGCAUGAGACAGAAUGGCCACUCCAAGUAGUCCCAAAGCAUCUGCAGGGGCCUUUCCGAUUGAAACACCGCGACGGCAAGGGCAGCUUUCUCAAACGAGAACCCGCUGAGGUCAUCGCCAGCAAGCAGUGGGGGAGCAGAAAUAUUCACCCACCGGUGAACGAAGAAAUGCGAGAGAAGCUUCUGCUGCCAGAACUCGAGUAAGAAGCAACCCUCGAAGAAGAUUUUCAAGGGAAGGACUGAAGAUAAAAUUUUGUCGAGAUAGGCUUCAACGAAGACUGAUGUCUUGUACUGAUCAAGCGAUGCAAGGAUCAGAAAAUGCUGAACAAGGUCGAACGCCACUGAUCCAGAAAAGGUUUAGAUUCAGCAUGCCACGUAAAAGGUUCCCUAUUCGACGAAUAAGAUUCUUGCUCGUAAGUACCCCUGUCACACGACAAAAUCGAAAAUAUCCCACUUCCAAGAAGUUUCGUGGAGCGGCAGCAAGACGAUGUUGUUUGAUUUUUAGCCGCAUAAACUUGUGUUAUUCCCCUAGUAUGAUUAUGUGACCAUCUACUUCAGGAGUAGAAGUUGUUCGGAUCAUUGAUAUAGAUUUAGAGGAGAUCAUGUUACUGUUUGUCGUGCAUUAUGUGGAG